UGUAAUACACUGUGGCAAAAGGUACCGUAAAUGUAAAUAACUACUGCUGGCAAAGAUUCAAAGCUGUAUCAACGAAGAACCAUACGUCAUACAGUUUGAAAAAAACCAUUAAGUAUUAUCAUUAUCAUAAUUAAACCUACGUUGGAAUUGAAAGUGAAGCCAUCAUCUGAUAGUUCAUAGAAACUGUACAGUGGUAAUAGAAGCAUACCAGGAAGUGGCAGUAGAAAAUACUGGUAGGGAUGGCGCAGCAGGCAUGGUGCUUUGACAGCGUAAGCCAUGUGUGCACAUGUUCGGUUCCACAACCUUCACUUGAUGUACCCAAGUUACCAUUAAUGGAUGGCUCAAUAGGGUUUUUGUCUUCAAAAUCUAAUGUGGCAAUCAUUUGUGUUUUGACAUUAGUAGUAGUUGCUGGUAUAUUGACACUGCUUGUUUUUGUGUACCGACAUCAUCAAAGGAUAAAAAGCGGUUUAUUGAACAAUGCAUCGAAUUAUAAUUUUCAUGACUCAAGCCAAGUACUGCCUAUGCAAGAGUCAGAAGUCGGCAAGAUUAAUUUGAAUGACUGGGACCAGGUGUCCAGAACUUAAACCAGGUGGGGAGUGUGUAUGAUAGCAGCCUGGUUCUCACAAGAGCACUAGUAUCCGGAUCGGGAGCUACCGUUAGCACCUGCGUGAGAACGCCCGAUCGGUUACCGCUAACGGUUAGCAAGUUGAGCGUGUUUCUAUCAUCAACCAAUGAUAGCAGGAUCCGGAUCCUGCUAACCGUUAGCAGCCGUGUGAGAACAUAGCCAGCGACUAGUUGCUAAACAUCAUGUAACUAAAACCAGGUGGUUAAAAUCUUGUAUCAUAACCAGAUGGACUAGAAUAAGUAGCAAGACCAAGUGGCAAACACUUGAAAAUGGGAGAAAAGAAAUGAAAGUUCUGUUUGCACUUGCACAGUUUGCAACAAUAUAUUGUAAUUUAAUAGCAAUCAUACACUUGAAACUCAUCAUGGUCCAGUACCCUGGAUUUCCAGGGUAAGCCUUAAUUACAUUGAUUUAUUUAUAAAAAAAAAUUGUUAUCAUUAAUAUUUAGUCUACAUAUAAAACAUUCCUCUGUGCCUAAUAUAAUAAACAAGAUUUAAGGUAAUAUGUGGUCAUUUUUAACUACUACUUUUACUACUACAAUUCUUUUGCUCUGCAAAUUUCCAUAUUUUCCAUUCCCUGCCCGCUAUAGAUAUGAUUGUAAAACCAUGGGCCUAUUAAUAUGUAUAUCCAUUUAGCCAAUCAUACAAUGAGAAUGAAAUAAGGCAAUUGAAUUGCUUAUAUUAUAAAUGUAUGUGGGAUAUGCAGGUGUAUUUAAGUGUAUAUGCAGGUGUUAAGCUUAUCUGCAGAUGUAAGCAACUAAUGACAUGUGUCUCUGUUAAUUUGAGUGUGCAGGGGCAGUCUCAAGGUGGAGGGGGCCCAGCCUGCAUAGGCCUUCUUAUAUUUUUGAAUUUCAUUUAAAAUGUGAGAAAGAGAAAAUUACAUUUAAAUUUGAAGUGUGAAAGUGUCAUUUUUUACCAUUUAGAGGUGUCUUACCGAUAUUAUUAAUAAUAAUAUCUUGAAUUUAUAUGGCGCCAAUUCUAAACAAGAUCAAAGGCGCAACGCAUGUGAAUAGCUACCAGAAAACAAGUAAGUCUUAAGCUGUGACUGCAAAUAGAGUUGGAAAAAGUUAUACUAUUUGGAACCUGGGAAAAAUUAUACUAUUUGGAAGCUGGUCCCAAAAAAAGGCAGAAGUAUAAGUGAAAGAACAAUGACCAUAGAUUUUGGUACAGUAUUUAGACAGAACGAAGGUUUAUAAAGGAGGGUCUGAGGCGGCGAGAUGGAGUACUGUAUAUCAGGAAAACAGUGAACGCAAAUAUUAUGGUUUAUUCGGAUGGCGAGCUUUAAAGAUCAAAACAAUCAAUUUAAAUAUAACACAUUGCCUGAUUGGCAGCCAAUGAAGUUCACACAGUAAAGGAUUGGCAUGAUCAUACUUUCAAUACCAGUACAUAUACGGGCAGCGUUGUUCUGAAUGCGUUGAAAAUGCUUGUAGAAUUCCUGGGGAAUGCCAACCAACAGAGAUGCGCCACGCCAAUCAAGCCGCGUGAUGUCAGCGCAUAAACAAGUAUUUUAACCGAUUUGGAUUUAAGAAACUUCAUGAUUUUUCCAAUGUUACAAAUGUAGUAAUUAGCCGACUUGCAUAUACAGAACAUGUUCCUCAAAAGUACCACCAAGGUUUAUAUAUCAAUACACCAUGGUCUGGACCACCUAUAAAAGUUCCUUGUUUGGCCCUUUCUAUUUCAACUUGCUUCAUGUGUGGGUAUAGGUGAGUGAGGUUGUGUCUAUGUGGGUUUAUUUUAUUUAAAUUUGAAAAGAUUAUAUUUAUAUCAUAAAAGUAAGUCAACUUUAUGGUUACCUUAUAUGGUAUAUGUUUUUAUACAUGGAAUAUAUAUUUUAUUGUUCUUCUCGUCUAUUAUGAAUUCUAAAAGAUAAAUAUUAUAAAUUAUGUAUGUAUGUAUGUAUAUAUGUUUAUGUUGGCAGGACUGAAUCUAUUUGAUACACAAGUAAACACCAGUGCCUUGAUAAUUUAUAAACCUGCACUCUGUCAUAUCAUUUCCGAUUGAGAUUAAACACAUACUGUGAUGCUAGGCCGAGGUCAAGUAAAACAGCCGACAAUGUUUCAAUUAUUUAUAUAAAACAUUGAAUUACCAUUAAAGUCCAAUUAAAAUGAUGCUUUUUAAGUUGCUGAUUAUUAAAGUAUUACAUAUGUUUAACCCUUUCACUGCUGGGCCUUUUUAGGAAGAAGGUUAUUUUUAAAUAAAUGACUAAAAGAGGUUAUUUUGAAAUUGUUUUUGUGUGUUGGGGUGCGAAAAAUGUUGGCCUAUGGGAAAAAAUUUAAAUUGGAAUUUUUAAUUAGGUGGCAUUGUGACCUUGGGGUGGCCAUAUUGGAAAUCCCUAUUUCCAUAAAUCUGUAAAAAAAAAAGAUAGAAAUUCUUAUGGGAUACUGUUUUUUUUUCACUGGAUAAUGGUGUAGAUACAUAAAAUGAAUAAAAAAAAAAAUCAAAAAUCCAUGUUUGUCAGCAGAAUCGUGAAAAAAAAAAUCCAAAAAAAUCGCUGCAAGAUGAGUUUUUCACAACAAUUAGUCAUUGCUCCAUAUAAUUCAGUAGAAAUCACCUCCAGUUCAUAGAAACAACUAUAGAGGGUGCCUGCAGUACAGGAACAAUUUUAAAAAGAAUUAUUUUCAUGCCCCCCAGUAGUACCGGGGGCACGCAGCGAAAGGGUUAACAAAUGAGUGGUAAUAAAAUAUUUAAUUUUUGGUUUAUAAAUAUUAAAAAUGACGGUUUAAAAUAUUAGUAUAAGCCCCGCCCAUUGUCGAUGUUCACUGAAGUGUGAGUUGAGCUGAUGACGUAUAACAAUCACAGCCAUCCUGUUUAUGUAAUACAAACAUCGUAUAGCGCAACAUAUGAAAGAGGUUCAGUUGUGAAGUACUGAUCUAAAGAGGGAAGCAAAGAAAUGAAGCAGCUUUAUCAAUUU